CGUUCCAGCCGUAAAUCACCCAUCGCCCCAUGUGCCCGGAGACGUCAGAGCGGUAGUAGCAGGGGGCAGAACUCUUGCUCCUCACUUUUUGAGUAGGCCUACUCGGCCGCGGAGGACGUCAGGGAGACGAGCUCAGGGUAUCUCCUCUAACGGACCAGCGGACGAGGACUGUAGGGGCGGCUGACGGUACCGGGACGCGGCGUGUGGAGGGUGCUUCGUGUCGGUGUCUCAUUUGCAGAGUUCAGUGUUCCUGUUGUGGACUUUCACCUACAUUUUGCGUUCCAUGGAUUGCUUUUGACCACAAUAAUAUAGUGGAUUUAUUUUAACUAUUUAAAACAUUUAACGCAACUUUUCCUUCUGGAUUCGGCGACUGUGUGACGGAUACCAACGAAAGGUUCUUUGGCGGACAUGGACAUCAACAACAACUCACCGUGCAACUCAACGACAAGUGCAGCGCUACGGUCCUCGUCAGGAGGUUGAACCCUACCGGCAGAACCGGGAGGUUCCCUCAUCCUAACGGAGGACUGGGCUGGAGCAUGGAGCGCUCCUGAGCACCUCGACCUUCUACUUCAGUCUGGUAGUGAACCACAGGCACCAUGAUCUCGGAGGAGAGGAGCAGUUACUUAUCCAAACAAGCCCUGAACUUCCCGGUGGGCUUGUUGAUCGGCUCUCCGAAGAGGAAGCUGGCCAAACUGGGGAGGAAACCAAGCAAUGGUUCUUUACAGUCCAACCACUCGGACGUCACGGUGCGCUCCGCCGAGGGAGCGGGCGUCAGGCAGCCGGCCAAGAGCAAGAUACGGCGGCACAACAACCGUCUGUCCACCGUAUUCACCCGGAGUCCCAGCCCGGGGGACGGACCAAGGGCCGCGGGGCGGAGGGCUGCGGCGGGGGAGGGGCUGGCCCAGGACGACCCGGCGGAACUGUCCAGUCAGAUGUCUGCCCCAGGCAUCCUGAAGGUCUUCGGCAGUGACAUCUGCCAGGGGACGCACUACAAGAGCGUGCUGGCCACCGUGCACUCCAGCGCCAAGGAGCUGGUGAAGGAGGCUCUGGAGAGGUACUGUCUGGAGAAGGAGGACCCCAGCCACUACCUGCUGUGCGACGUGAUUGGCCAGACGGGGGCGGACCACCAGUGGAGGAGGGAGUGUUUCCGGGUGGUGGGCGACCAGGAGCGCCCCCUGGUGCUGCAGUCCCUCUGGAAGCCCAAGGACGGAUUCUCCCGCCGCUUCGAGAUCCAGAGGAGGGGCAGCGUGGAGGAGCAGCGGGCGCAGGACACGGACACCGUCACCGCAGGCCUCAACGCCCAGGCCCGCCGGCUGACGCAGCGGGGUCGGGCCCGGGUCACCUCCCUGUUCCUGGAGGGCGGCGGGGCCGCUGACCCGGGCCUCUGGAGGAGCCUGAGCGAGAUGGACCUGCUGUCGGGGGGCCGGGCCCCACAGACCCCCCUCAGCGAGGACCCCGAGGCGGAGGCAGACAAGGAGGUGCAGCGCCGGCUGGGGGUGGAGAAGGAGGAGACGGAGAGCAGCGACGACUGCUCCACCCAGUUCUCCGUCCACCCGCCCUUCGACUUCCCCUACUUCCUGCUUCUCCAGGGCUACAGCCACAAGCAGGACUUCGUGGUGUACCUGCUGAGCGGGGGCUCCACUGUGUUCGGCCGCUCCGUGGAGCCGCUCAGCGCGGAGGACGAGGAGCGGCUGCAGGUGGACAUCGUGCUCUCCGCCCCCGACGUAGCCCCCCAGCACUGCUGCGUGCGCCGCCUGGAGCCGGCGGGGGGGCCCUCCCAGACCCUGACCCUGCUCAGGCCCCUCCACGGCGCGGCCGUCACCCGGAACGGCGCCCCGCUGGGGGGGGAGGUGGCGCUGGCCCCGGGGGACCUGGUGGGGCUGGGGGGCCACUAUCUCUUCAUGUUCAAGGACCCCACCCGCCCGGCCGGCGACGCCCGGACCCCGGCCUGGAUGGCCCGGCUCCGCCCGGAGGAGGCGGGGCGGCCGGUGUCCUCCUGCCUCUCCUGCGGCUCCUCCUUCGCCCAGGGGGCUGGCGGGACGCCCCCCCGGAGGCCCCCCUGCUGGCGGGACCCGGACGGCUCGGUGGCCUCGCUGGUCUACGACCUGGGGCAGGAGGACCGGGUCUUGCAGGAGGUCCUGGCCCUGGUGGACCCCGGCGGCCCCGAGCCCAAGCUGACCGCGGCCUUCCUGCUGAGCCUGUGCAUCCAGCACGCGGCCGCCAGCUUCCAGCCCGCCCACUUCCGGAGGCUUCUGCUGCGGAUCGCCGGCCAGAUCCAGCUGGUGAUGUGGGAGAAGACGAAGGAGCUUGCAGCCACGCAACCAGACACGGGCCCCUGGGACGGGGCGGAGGUAGAGGCGGGGGCCGGGCUGCUGAGCAUGGAGCAGCUGGGCCCCGGGCUGGGGCCCCUGCUGCUCUGGAUGGCCAACGCCAUCGAGCUGCUGCAGUUCAUCCAGCGGCAGGUCCCCGGGCUGCUGCCCCCCCGCAGGCCGGGCCGGGAGGACCAGGGGCCCCCAGAGGACCAGGGGCCCCCAGAGGACCAGGGCUACGGGGCGGAGCUGGCGGCCACGCGGGCAGCCUGCGAGGAGGCCAUGACGGUCCUGGAGGAGGUCAUCAUGUUCACCUUCCAGCAGUCCGUCUACUACCUGACCAAGAGCAUGUACUGCGCUCUACCUGGGCUGCUGGACGGGAACCCGUUCUCUGAGAGCGUUCAGCUCCGGGUCCCGGGCGGGGUCCGGGUGAUCCUGGGCGUCCUGUCGGAGACCCUGAAGCUGCUCAAGGUCUUCCUGGUCCACCCGGACAUCUCGCGGCAGCUGUGUGCUUACCUCUUCUACUUCAUCAACGCCUCAAUCUUCAACGCCCUCAUGGAGAGAGGUUCCGGAGGCGGGUUCUACCAGUGGUCGCGGGGGGUCCAGAUCAGGGCCAACCUGGACCUGCUCAUGGACUGGGUCCAGAGCGCGGGGCUGGGAGACCUGGCGCUGGAAUUCUUCAGGAAGCUGUCAGCUGCCGUCAACGUCCUGGCCACGCCCAAAGAGAACCUCCUCCAGGCCUCCUGGAGAUCUCUGCGGGGGGAGUUCUCCGCCCUGAACCCCGCCCAGUUGCACCACAUGCUGAGGGAGUACAACUCAGGGAGGCCCCCCCCUCCCGGCUGGAGCCCCCCCCCCGACGAGGCCGGGGACGCGCUCAGGACGGCUGACAUAUUGGAGAGUUUUGAGGACCACCCCCCCCUGGUCCUGCCCAGCGGGUCCUUCCACCUGGAGCUGGGAGGGCCCCCUCUGGAGCGGGGCCUCUUCCUGCAGCUCCAGCGCCUGCAGGACCUCCUCCAGGGGCCCUCUGAGACCCGGGCCCCGGGCCCUCCCACACGGCAGGAGACCCGACAAGAGGAGGACCAACAGGAUGUCACCACGCCUGACCCCCCCUCCCGGGCGGCGAGGCCCCCCCCAGGCGGGGCAGGCCCCCGCGGGGAGCUGAGCGGCGGCGAGGCGCGACUGACCCAGAAGCUGCGGAGCCUGGAGCUGCAGGACGGGCUGCCGGGCGGGGCCGGCCUGGGCUGCCACAAGGGCCUGGCCCUGGACCCCUCCUGCCUGCUGACGCCCCCCAACACGCCCCAGGACCCGGAGCUCCGGCCGGCGCGGACCCAGCCGACCACAGGUGUAGGCGUGAUGGAGGAGACGGACCACACGGAGAAUGAUGAAGAUGAUGAAGAUGAGGUGUUCACCGUGGAGCUCAACCGAGGCCCACAUGGUCUGGGCAUGGCUCUGGUGGACGGACUGAGAACCCCUCUGAGGUCCAGCGGUGUCUACGUGAAGUCGGUGGUCCCGGGCUCCCCAGCGGCCCGCUGUCUGAAGCUCCGGCCCGGACACCGAAUCCUAGCUGUCAACGGCGUCAGUCUGGUGGGCAUGGAGUACCCCACUGGCAGGGAGCGCAUCCGGUCAGCAGGAAACAACCUCAGAUUGCUGGUGGCCACCGACCACUCCAGGAGGUCCAGCGAGGACACCAUGAUCACCAAGUGCUGAGGGCUGGGACCAGGAGGUGGUGGUGGUGGUGGUGCUUGUUCUGCUCACCCUCAAGUGUUCUUGGACCCAGCAGAGGAGCGAGUGGGGGUCUCUGCAGCACGGCCCACUCCCAAAGGCUCCACGGCCGCUACUCCUCACUCCGAUAUCAUCCCAGAAGGAGAGAAGGAGGAGAAGAUCUCAGCAGCUGGGAAGGAAGGAAGAAAGGGAGGGAGGGAGGGAGGGAGGACGGUGGGUCGCCUGAGGUCCUCAGCUCUGUUUUCCUGGAAGCUUUUCCCUGUAUUGUAUGUUUUCCAUGAAGCUGACUGGGUAGGGUUAGGCUAAGGGUUACCCUAACCUAACCCUAACCCUUUCACUGUAUUGUAUGUUUUCCAUGAAGCUGACUGGGUAGUGUUAGGCUAAGGGUUACCCUAACCUAGCCCUAACCCUUUCCCUGUAUUGUAUGUUUUCCAUGAAGCUGACUGGGUAGGGUUAGGCUAAGGGUUACCCUAACCUAACCCUAACCCUUUCACUGUAUUGUAUGUUUUCCAUGAAGCUGACUGGGUAGGGUUAGGCUAAGGGUAACCCUAACCUAACCCUAACCCUUUCACUGUAUUGUAUGUUUUCCAUGAAGCUGACUGGGUAUGGAACACACGCAUCUGUGUUAGGGCCCCUGAGGAGUGAACCACUGAACCAAAGACUGAACCGCAGAGCAAGCGGCCGGGGGGGACUCAAACCAAGUCCCUAGGCGCGCGUCCGGCCUCACAUUCGACAACGUCUGCCUGGCGGGAAAUCAAAGGCCUCAUGAAGAGCCGAGCGGUGGGCUUCCUAACCCUAAACCCAGUCUGGCCUGUUGUCACAACCUGAUCUGACCCCUGACCUAUCUAUGGAGAGAGACACAAACACAAACGCACGCACACAGUACAAUCACGAAAUAUACCUGCCAAAGAUAUUUCUAUUUAAUUGGAAGUGGGAGCCGAUCAAUCUUUAGACGUGUUUCUAAUUACCUUCUGAAGUGUCCAGGACAGCAUAUGAAGACUCAUGAGCUGUCCUUUUUGGGAGAGAGUUUGUAGAAUGAUUUUAAAAGAACAAAGCAGUGACUGAAAGACAAGAAGGGAGUGUAAACUGAAAGAGUGUAAAUCCUGGAGGGUUAGGGUUAGGGUUAACCCUAACCCUAAAUCCUGGAGGUGUCUGGUUCCACAGGAGAACAGCCCUCAGCCAAUCAAACGACUGGAAUAGAAACAUCUGAAUCUGGGAGAGUAAACUGGACAUGCACCGUGACGAUUAGUUUAAGAGUUGGGGUUAGGUUUAACCCUACAACUCGUGUAUGGAUGCGGUUAUUUGAAGCGCUUCUAUGGAUGGAAAUGAAGGCCUAUUCUAAGUAUUUGUUAAAAUACUGUUAGCCUGAUACCUGAUGAGCCUCGAGGCCAUCAGAACCAUCACAGACACAUGGAUGUUUAAACAAAGCGUCUACAGCAGCCAAAGCCAAGCAAGAAACCCGUUGGACCCUUUAAUGUCCAAGAGAGGCCGAAAUAUUGGACUGUAUUUAUCUGUAACAAGCGGUUUAACGCCAUACUCUGUCAUCGUGAAGUCUGUCAUUAUCUUUCCAUUUUGUAAUAUUUAUAUCGCUCCAUAGUGUAUUAUUUUUUUAAACAUACUGAAUAAAUUCUGUCUUUGGAGCUCAUUCCAAAUUUGGUUUGUUGUCGUUCUUCCUCACGUUUCUCACCUUCCCCAACACAGAUGUUCACACACGGCGCUUUACGAGCAGAACAGGAGUGUUUACAGGCUCGUCGAUGGGGGGGGCAUGUGACAGCGCAGCAGGAAGGGCGU